GCAGAAGGCUCCUCGCCUCUAGGGGAAGUCACCAUGCGGGGCCCGGGGAGUGGAGCAAGGCCGGGCACCUGCCUGCGAGGCCUGAGCGCUGCCCACGCUCCGCCUCCCGGGCCAGCGAGGGCGCCGAGCGGAGGUCGCGAUCCCCGCAGCCAGCGCGGGCCCCCCCCCCCCCCCAACUCCGCCCCGCGCUGUCCCCGAUUUCCCGCGCUGACCCCGCUGUCCCCCCGCCCAAGGCCCGGAACUCGGCCGCGGGACUCGGCUGCCCAGCGCGUGGGACCCUGGAGACUUCCGGACUUUCGAGGACGCAUCGCGCACGUGCGGGGCGGAGCGGGGCGCGCGGCGUUGCCGUGGUUACCGGCGAGGCGCCCCGCGGGGACUGGCGGGCGGGCGCUUCCUGGGCGGGACUUGGCGGCCGGAAGUGUGUGCCGUCUGAGGCCAUGGCGGCGCUGGGCGUCGUCUGCGUGCUGCUCGGGGCAGCGAGCUGCCAGUUCGCCUGGGCCUUGGACGAGAAUUUUUGGCUCAACCGGUCGCCGGCCAACCUCCUGUCGGACAGGGCGACCUUCAGACGAGAACGGCGGGCCCUUCAUCGAGCAGAUCUAUGUCCUGCAAGGUUACGCGGAAGGAUGGAAGGAGGGCACCUGGGAGGAGAAGGUGGACGAGCGGCCCUGCCUGGACACGCCACUGUACUCGCAGGACCAGCACGAGUACUUCAGGGGAUGGUUUUGGGGUUAUGAAGAAACAAGGGGGUUAAAAGUUUCCUGUCUGUCUGUUCAAGGAUCGGCUUCUAUCAUUGCACCUGUGCUUUUGAGAAACACGACAGCACGGUCCGUGAUGCUGGACAGAGCGGAGAACCUCCUUCACAAUCACUACGGGGGAAAGGAGUACUGGGACACUCGGCGGAGCAUGGUGUUUGCCAAGCACCUGCGUGCUGUGGGCGAUGAUUUCAGAAUUAAAUACCUCAAUUCCAGCAACAAGGCCGACCGGAUCCCCGACGAGGAGGACUGGACCAAGAUGAAGGUGCAGCUGGGCUCCUCCCUGGGGGGGCCCUACCUCGCCGUGCACCUGAGGAGGAAGGAUUUCACCUGGGGCCACCGGGAGGACGUGCCCAGCCUGGAAAGAGCCGUGAGGAAGAUACGCAGCCUCAUGCGGAUCCACGGGCUGGACAGAGUGUUUGUGGCCACAGACGCCGUGAGGACGGAAUGUGAGGAGCUGAAGGAGCUGUUACCCGAGCUGGUGCGGUUCGAGCCCACGUGGGAGGAGCUGGAGCUCUUCAAAGACGGAGGCGUGGCCAUCAUCGACCAGUGGAUCUGCGCACAUGCCAGGUUCUUCAUCGGCACUUCUGUCUCCACGUUCUCGUUUCGGAUUCAUGAGGAGAGAGAGAUCCUGGGGUUGGACCCCAAUACUACAUACAACCGAUUCUGUGGGGACUCGGAGAAAUCGUGCGAGCAGCCCACGCACUGGAGGGUCGUGUACUGAGCUGGCACUCGGAGGCGCGUGCCCGGCACCCAUUGUACCCGCGGUGGACUCGGGGCGUCCCCUGAUGUCACAUGUCGCUGUGGUGUUGCUCCUGCCCUUGGCUAGACGGACAAACGUCAUGUCUUGGGGUCUCAGGCCCAGAGGAGGCCACAGGCAUGCACAGCCAUGGCCACGUGAGGACAGCGGAAGCUGUGCCGCGCCUGAGCUGUCCCGUUCCUGUGUCUCUUCUAGCUUUCGCUGCCUGUGCACAGGCACUGCCGCUGGGGGCUCCGGCGGUCUAUUCUUCAGGAUCUGAAGCCACAGCAGGGCCCACGGUGUGCUUUCCUCGGCCGCCUGUGGGCAGGCUUCCCCAGGGAGUCAGCAGGCACACGGGCAAGCAGCUCCCAUCUUGGGGGCCGUAGAGCUGGCCGGGCCCUGGGGCUCGGUGUGAUUUGAGUCUGUGGGUAACUCACUGUUACCCUAAAGCACAGUCUUAGUUCCGCCCUUGGUCCUGAGCAAAACCUGUGCGGUAGAGGGAGGUGGACGGCUGCCUGCAGAGCGGUGGGAGGGGCUGUGACUGGUUGCUCCUCCCAGUCGGUGCUGGAAGUUGCACCCAGAUCUUCAGCGACUUGGCCUGUACACAAACAUCCUCACCCCACGCCCAGCUGCUGCCUCUGCAUCUGUGGUUGUCACUCAGCACCCCGACCUGUGUGGCCGGAGGGGCCUAGCAGGCCAGCUGUCCUCGCCGUCCUCUUCCAGGGGCCGUUUCUGAGGCCUCGGAGCUCCUCAGGGAGGUGGGGCUGGGGGUGCCCCCGGCAUGGGGGUCGGCUGUGGAGCACUGCCAGGGGGCCCUGUUCCCUUCCUAGCUGGGAACCCUGACUUCAGGGACACCUGGGCGAACGGCCAUGGCAGGAGCGUGGGCACAUGGCCCUGCUGCUGAGCCGGCAGCCAGGACACGGGGCCGAGGCCCACGGCCUUCGUCCUCCGUCUCCUUCCCAGGCUUUGGAAGUCUGUGAACAUGCAGGGCCCCUGGUGUCAGCUGUGCAGGCUGAAGUGAUGAUAUAUUUAUUCUAUUCCAUUUGUACACUCGCAUGUUAAUAAAAUCAAUGCUCUAGA